UCUUCCAGCAAAUUUAACUGAUAAAAAAUUUCGUGACCAUUUUUCUACAAAAGGACAAGUCACGGAUGCAAAGAUUAUACGAACAGCAGAUGGAAAAUCUCGAUGCUUCGGAUUUAUCGGUUAUCGUACAGAAAAAGAAGCAAAUGACGCUCUAAAUUAUUUUAAUAAUACCUUUAUUUUUACUUCAAGAAUUACUGUUGAACAUGCAAAACCUGUUUGUGAUCCAACGUUGCCAAGACCUUGGAGUGCUCAUAGCGCUGGUUCAUCAAGUUAUCAAAAAAAACAUUUUCAGAAAUCAGAGGCUAACAGUAUAGAAAUAAAAAAAAGAAAGGUUAAAAAAGAUGACGAUGAUAAUGAUGAAAAGCUUAAAGAAUUUUUGGAAGUUAUGAAACCAAGGUCAAAAUCUAAAACUUGGACAAACGAUGAUUUAACAAUCUUGGAAACUCAACAAAGUUUGAAAAAUGUUAUAAUUGAUGAUGAUUCAGAUGAUGAACUUUAUCAAGAUUUAUCAAUUGAAAAUGAUAAGUUAAUUAAGAAUGAUAAGAAAAAUAGUUCAAAGAAAAAAUCUGAUAUUAUAAGUGAAUCAAAUGAUUCAACAAAGAAUAAUGAUAAAUUGGAUAAGGAAUCAUCCAGUAAAAACUUUACAAACACUGAAUUUAAUGAACAUGAUGAAAUUUAUACUGAUUCAUCGCAAGAAAAUGAUGAUUACAGAGAAAAUGAUACUUUAAAGUCAGACAAAUUGGAAAGUAUAACUCCUCAUAACGAGACAAAUGAUAAUCUUCCUGGCCAACCUACGAAUGUUCCGCCUGAAGAAUCCAUUGGUGAAACUGGUAGAUUGUUUGUUAGAAAUUUACCAUACAUAUGUUCUGAAGAAGACUUACGACAGGCAUUUCAUAAAUUUGGUCCACUCGCUGAAGUUCAUAUACCACUUGAUAAGGAAACAAAGAAACAAAAAGGCUUUGCUUAUGUUUUAUAUCAUAUUCCUGAACAUGCUGUAAAAGCUUAUAUUGAGUUAGAUAAUAAGUUCUUCAUGGGAAGGUUAUUACAUAUUCUACCUUCUAGAGAUAAACCUGUAAUUCAAGAUUUGGAUCCUAGUAGAUGGAGUUUAAAGAAAAAAAGAGAGAUGAAGCAGAAAAGCUUAGCUAGUAAUGACUUUAAUUGGAGUACAUUGUAUAUGAAUAGUGAUGCAAUUGCUGAGUCAAUAGCACACCGAUUUAAUGUAAAAAAAGCCGAAAUUUUGGAUCCUGAAUCCGAUAAUAUGGCCGCAAAACUUGCCCUUGCGGAGACGCAUAUCAUCCAAGAAACUAAAGCGUUUCUUGAAAUGAAUAUUUCAUUUGGUGUUACGAAAGAUGAAUUACAACAAUUAUUUGGAUGGUACGGAGAAAUUGGACGUUUAAUAAUUCCACCAGCUCAAACAAUAGCUUUAAUAGAAUUCUUAAAUCCUUCAGAUGCCCGAAACGCAUUCACAAAUCUUGCUUAUAAAAAAUUUAAAAGAGUUCCUCUAUAUCUGGAGAAAGCACCAAUCGAUGUUUUCAAAAGUGAAAAUGAUGUAAACUCAAAACAAUCCGAAAAUGAUGCAAAACAAGUACUUUCAUCAACGGAUAUAAUUGAAACUACUAUAAAUGAUGAUGAGGAUGAAACAUCUGAUGUAACUGCUACAUUAUUUGUUAAGAAUUUAAAUUUUGAUACUACUGAGGAAGAAUUAAAAAAGAUAUUCAAAAAUACUUCUGGUAUGAAAUCGGCUAAAAUAAAAAUAAAAAAUGAUCCUAAAAAUCCUGGUAAAAAGUUGAGUAUGGGAUUUGGGUUUGUUGAAUAUGAUAAUAUGAAAAAUGCAAAAAAUGCUUUGAAGGCGAUGCAGGGACAUAUGUUGGAUGGUCAUGCGUUGCAAUUAAAAUUUUCAAAUCGUGGAUUAGAUACUGUCCAGAGAAAACGAAAAGAGGAUGAAAUAACGAAAAAGAAGCAGGAGUCUACGAAAAUUAUCGUUAAAAAUGUCGCUUUUGAAACAACAAAAAAGGAAUUGAAAGAAUUAUUCGGCACAUAUGGUCAAAUUAAAACACUUCGUCUACCAAAAAAAUUUGAUGGUACAUCUCGUGGAUUCGCAUUUAUAGAAUUCCUAACAAAAAGAGAUGCGAGAAAUGUGAUGGAACAGUUACAAAACACACACUUAUUAGGUAGACAUCUUGUUCUUGAGUAUGCGGAUAGUGAUAAGAAUGUUGAAGAAUUGAGGGAAAAGGUUGGAAAGGAGUAUAUUGCAGAUAUUGAAGGUGGUGAUGGUAAAAUGAGAAAAAGAAAAAAGGUCGAUAUGGAAGAUUGGACAGAAAGUAAAGAUUAUAUGGAGGAGUAA